AUGCUGUCUUUUUACUUUCUCAUUCUUCCUUUGACAAUAGCUGCCAACUUAUUACCUGAUCCUAAAGUUUUCAAAUCUUGUUCUGUGCUCCAAAACAUCUGGUUACUUGUUCAGUUGGCGCUUUACGCGUCUUCAACUGUCAAUCCGAUCAUUUGCAUUGCAUUUGUUCAAAGCUUUCGUCGAGGCCUAACCGAGAUCAUCCCAUGCUAUUACAGCAAAAAUCUGAAAGUGGGAGAGAGAAGAAAGAGCAACCAAAAGGAGAUAAGACUAGAACGGUUUUGAAUUAUUCCUGCAUUAGAUAGGAGAGAAACUUUAGUAAUAAAAACAAAUACAAAAAUAAUGAACAAUAAUGACGUUUAGCCUUAGUUUAAUCAACAUAAGUUUAGCCUCAGUGUUCAUCUAUCUGGAACCUAUGUAUAGUAAAUAUAACCUAUGUAAAAUACAGUUUGUACGUAAACGGAACCACAUAGAGAGAAGUAAGUCUAGAAACACACUCAUUUAUUUUAAAACUGAACACCAUUCGCCAUUUUUGCAUUUUCCAUAACAGCCACGGUGUUUUUCCUCCAACAUUUUGCGAGCACAUUGUUUUCAAUUUCUUUUGUGGGAAUCACAGUUUUCUUUGCAAGACUUCUGACUUAAGUGUCUUUAAUAUCCACAGUAUGUGGUUUUUUUUAAUUAGUUUGCCUUAAGCACUAACCUUGGGCAAACUGGCUUAUCAUAAAAGACUCAAAGUUAGAGCCACCUUACAAAGAUUCCAUCAAUCAGUCUGAGACUAAAAGGGUUGAAAACAACAGGCGAUUGUAACGGAACAAUACAUAAGAUGCGUCUUAUCGUUGCAGCUCUUAAAUCCGGCCUCUGGUGUUUAAUUUUAAAAGUCAGAUGCUCACAAUUGUAUACAACGAUCUUUUUCCCGUAAAACGUUACGCCCUGCCUGCCCAGCAACCCUAUUGAAAUGUUAAUAAGUGAAAGUGCACUCGUUUGCAAAAAUGUAAUAGGCUAUGGUUUUAAUGAUUUCCGUGCCAUUAAUUUUUCAAUUUACAGUUUGUUUUUGUUUUUUUUUUCCCACGGGGUGAAGUAUACGAUCCAGUGUGACAGUACAGCAUACAACAGGCUACACAUGAUGUACUCUUAAUUUUUAAUCACAAGCAGGAGUAUUUUUCAGGUCUUUGAAUUUAUGAAUGUUUGAAACAUGAACCGCUUUUCAGACAGGCUCGAUUUCUGCCGUCUCCCGGGUCCGGUCUUUGAUCCCAAUCGAGCCUAAAUUUCAGACUGCAAGGUUACUGAACACUAUAAAAAUUAAAUAUUAAAAUCAAACAUGAAAUUAUUUGUUAUUACUAUAUAAAGAGUUCUUUUCAAACACGUUUACACUUCAUUAGUGGUCAACAUCAAGUUUUCAUAAGGUACAAAAUGUGAGUCGAUUGAAAGGCAUAGAAAAGUAGAUUUAAAAAUUUAAUAUUAAACUCCUUUGUCUAAAUCUAAACUAUAAAUAUUUUAAUGUUGAAAGGCAAAGAAAAUGAAAUACUAAAGUUUUAUAUUUAAUUCCAUUGCCUGGUCUAUUUCUAAAUUAUAUAUAUUUUUAACAUGGUGUCUAACGCAAAUAUAGUUUUUACUAUUUAUGGUUCCCAUAUUUAAUAGUUCGAUUAUCUGAAAAAUCGUGAAAAGAUCUCUAUUGAAACUUUUGUUAAAACAGGUGGAAUAAUUAUUUGUUUUCUAAAUCCUUUUGACUUUGACACUAGUGAGACACCACAAUUCGAGAUUAAUAAACAUCGAUUUCCGUUCGAUAUCAAGAACCAAAAGUGAAGAAAAUCCAUUAUCGUCGCGACAAUUAAUUCAAGUAUUUGGUUGCUCGCUUGGAUUAAUUUAAAAUCAUCAGUCUCGAUGUUUUAAUUUCUUCCGCUGUCGAUUUAGUUUGCGGCAUAUUCUUGGGUCAGUUCACUCUCCUUUCUGCUUGAGACGUACAUUAAAUCGGUGUUUCUUAUUUUCUUAUAUUAUGUCGACCAGCAACUUGAGCAACGUCUCAUCAAGCGACAAGGAUCUGGAUUGUGGAGCAUUAUAUGAGCCAUAUGUGUUCAAAAUAAGUUUGAUAGUUGUCUACUGUAUGGUCUUGUUGGUUGGCUUGACUGGAAACGCCCUUAUCAUCACCCUGGUUUACAAGCGGAAAGAUUUAAGAAAGACUGUAAAUCAGCUUAUCGCCAACAUGGCAUUUUCUGACUUUGUCUUUCAGUUAACAUUCAUUCCAGUUGAGUUGGCAAAAGCAGCGUAUGGUCAAUGGCCGAUUGCUGAACCGGCCGGAUCAAUUGUCUGCAGGAUUCAGAGUUUUGUUAUUUAUGCCUCUCUCUAUGUUUCUGUACAAAGCCUAACUUGGAUUGCAUUGGACCGGUUUAUAGCGGUAGUCUUUCCAAUGAAAGUUCAUCUGAUUUCCUCCAGAUUUCGCGUUUUGGCCAUUGCUUCCACGUGGAUCGUUGCCCUUUUGUGCGGCUCUGCUUCCUCUAUUGAUUCCAAAGUCGUGCACAAAAAUGGUGCACUUGACUGCACAGCGGAAACAAAUUUUCAAUAUGCUGGAGCCGCCGGUGUCCUUGCUUCGUUGAUUUUCAUAACAAUUUUAUACUGUAUUAUAGCGGUAACUCUACGAAGGAAAAAUAAAGCGCUUCCCACUUCAGCUGUGAAUGGAAACGUUCAGAGAAAACGGCAAGCCGUGAAAAUGUCCAUUUGCGUCGUGGCAGCCUUUUAUUUAUGUUUUAUCCCUGUCAUUAUUAUUGUCUUGUUGUCAGAAAGGGUACUGGAAAGAUCAUGUUUGUUACUCAGAGUACUAUGGCCAUUACCUCUCCUGAUGACCAACCUUUCAAGCACGGCGAAUCCAAUAAUCUGUUUCGUCUUUGUCGAAAACUACCGGCGUGGCCUGAGAGAAUUUUGCGGUUCGUUUCUUAUUAAAUGCUCGAAGAGAAGACAUCACAUUGACAAUGGUCCAAAAGGAAUACCUCUUCAGAGUAUAAGGGUCAUACAAAAUUCUAAUAGUAAUUAAUUCAACAUUUAAUUUUUUUUUCUAAAGAAACGACUUUUUGCUUAAUUAGCUCCUGGUUGGUUAGCCCGUUGCAGGCUCCAAGAAAAGUAAUUUGCAGAGGUUGUGAUAACUGCACGUUCGUUUACGUUGCUAACGCCCUGUUCGCUAACGACUUAAAAGUCGUUUCGCGUAUGUUUUGGGUCAGUUCUCAAACUGCUUUCGUCUGAUCCAUGGCUGAAUGAACGAGGUAAAUACAUGCGUGUCGCACUUCUUCUUAUCGUGGCUGAGAGAACGAGGUAUAUACAUGUGCGGCGCUCGUUUCGGUUCUUAAGCAGAGCGACGUAAGACGUUAGCGAACGUUCUCCCCAAUUAGUAAGGCACUGUGCCUGAGCUAUAAGACGUGAGACUUUAAUAAAGUUCAUUAUUAUUAUUAUGGUAGCGAAACGAUUCGUAGACGAAAUGACCGAUGAAAAAAUGAUGUAAAAACGUUAGAUCACAAGCGUCCUACUUUCCCUUGACUUUGUGUCGCUACGAUCUAAGAGCCUGCUUUGGGCUACUUGAUAGGUCUAUUAGUAAAGUGUUGUUCAUAUUAAAGUACUGUAUAGUAUUCGAUGGCAGUUAUUACAUUUUUUCGGACUUAGCCUUGUUGGCCCCGAAUUUACGAAGCAUUCCUAACUUUUAAGUUAUUUGGCACCAUAGAUCUCAACUAUUGUUUGUUUCACUCCCAGGAGUGGGAGACGUUAAAAUCCGCCUAAAAUAUCAAAGAGGCUGAAAAACAAAGGUUACCAUGACAUAAAAUUGACGACGAAGAGGUUUCGUUGGAAAGCUAACGAUUGGAUUGCGUCCACAGACUCAGAAUUUAGAGCCAACUCACAAAGACUCUUAUCACCAUUCACUCUGAGGUUAAAAGAGUUGAAAACAACAGGCGAUUGUAAAGGAACAACUGAUAUGAUGCGCCUUAUCGUAAGAACUCAUAAAUCUUGCCGCUGGUGUUUAAUUGAAGAGACAAUUGUAAACAGAGGCACCCAACGGUCGCAUGUUUCCAAAAACGCCAGAAGGGUCUUAGAAGCCUGUUCGGUUAAUUUGGAGCUGCCCUAAAAGCUAUUUAUCUGUUCGGAUGUCCUAGGGGUACUUUGGUCGUCACGAAAGUGUUAUGUGGCUUUUUCGUCUCAUCCGAAAGUGUUAGCUACCCUUAUGGGUCCGGUCGAAAGUCCGAGCACAUGAAAUAGCCUUGCUUUCAGAAGAAAAUUAUAGGGGACAUUUUGUCGUUAUACCGAACGUUUUAGGAGACCUUUUCGCAAUAUCUUGGCAUUAAAAUGCGAAUAACACAACCGCCGAAAAUCGUAGUUAAGCUAUUAGAAAACCUCCCAACAUUUUAGACGAAUGGAACGGUUAUCCAGAAAUUUCAGUGUAGCUUUUCUCAAACUUUAGAGAUUUCUAGACAAUAUUGCUCCCUCGAACAGUUAUUUUACAGAAAAAAGUCGCUGGAUGCCCUUGUGUAAACAGCGAUCUUUUUCUCAUAAAAACGUUGGGCUGCCAGCGACCCUAUUCAAAUGAAAUCAUUUUUAAUAAGUGAAAGUGCAUUCGUUUGCAAUAAUGGCGAUGACAAAUUAGUCAGUAAUAGUCUUUCUUGCUUUUAUCAUGCAAAAUGGGCUGAAUCAUAGACGUUUUCUUCGUUGUAUUGAUUUCCGUAUACCAUUAAUUUUUCAAUUCAUGGUUUGUUUUUUCCACGGGGUGAACUAUAUGAUCCAGUAUGUCGGAGCAGCAUAAAGCAGGCUACACACGAGCUACUUUAGUCUUCAAUCACGAACCGGAGUGUUUGUCAGGCUUUUGAAUUGAUGAAUGUUUGAAACACGAACCGCAUUUCAGACCGCAAGUUUAUUGAACGGUAUAAAAACUAAAUAUUAAAGUUAAACGUGAAAUUCUCUUUUUAUUUAUUUUAUAAGUUCUUUUCAAAUAUGUUGUGUACCUCAAUAGGUACCUUUGUGUACCUUACAAAAUCAGUCAUAAGGCACAAGCUGUGAGUUAUUGAAAGGCAUAGAAAAUUGAAUAUAAAAAUUUAAUAUUAAACACCUUUGUCUAAUGUUCAAAGACGUAGAAAAUGAAAUAAUAUAGUUUAAUAAAUAAAUAAUAAACAAACUCCUCGUUAUGUACUAUAACAAAAAUUAUUAAAAACUAUACUUUCAUGAUAAAAAAUUCUCCUGGCUACUUACUGUUGGCAGAUGCAAACGACAGCUUUGUUUUAAUUCUUCUGUGUUUUCCCUAUAAUGUUUAAUCAAAUUCAGAUCUUGACUUAAUAAUGAGGCAUUGUCCUUCCUGAUCCUUUGUAAGUUAAUCUUGUGACGACUUUGACUAACUGUACUUUGUUCAUCUUAGUGAUAGUGUUAGCGCGUAGUUCCGCGUUUAAUUUUCUAUUACACAAUAGUCUCCGAAAACGACAGGCUUUUAUCGCAUAAACGGAUGCGCAUAAACUAUUGGCAGGGAGAAGCCAGUUGCAUUGCAAUUCACUACAAUUGUUAGGGGACGUGACAGUGCCGAUGAUUAUCAAAUAGAAGUAAACACAGUUGGUGUAAAAUGUAAAUGUAAAUUUCAUCAAGUUUAGAAAAACGCUGCGGUUAGUGGCUGCAAAACUCUCUGCGGAAGUCAGUCAACAUCAUUUGCCUUUUCUGCACUUCGGCUCCAGUUCCCUUCUCGCUUCAGUCUUAAGUGGCGAAUGAAACUUGCACUGGGUCAAGUAUUUAGUCCAUUGCUUGGAUUCACUUGAAAUCAGUCUCCAUGUUUCAAAUGCUUCCGCUGUCGAUUUAGUUUGCGGCAUCUUCUUGGGUCAGUUCACUCUCCUUUCUGCUAGAGACGUGCAUUAAAUCGGUGGUUCUUUUUUUCUUGUAUUAUGUCAAGCAGCAACAUGAGCACCGUCUCAUCAAGCGAAAAGGAUUUGGAUUGCGGAGGAUUUUAUGAGCCGUAUGUGUUUAAAUUAAGUUUGAUAGUUGUCUACUGUAUGGUCUUGUUGGUUGGCUUGACUGGAAACGCCCUUAUAAUCACCUUGGUGCACAAGCGGAAAGACUUAAGAAAGACUAUCAAUCAGCUUAUCGCCAACGUGGCAUUCUCUGACUUUGUCUUUCAGUUAACAUUCAUUCCAGUUGAGUUGGCGAAAGCAGCGUAUGGUCAAUGGCCGAUCGCUGAACCGGCCGGAUCAAUUGUCUGCAAGAUCCAGAGUUUUGUUAUUUCUACCUCUGUCUAUGUUUCUGUACAAAGCCUAACUUGGAUUGCGUUAGACCGGUUUAUAGCGGUAGUCUUUCCAAUGAAAGUCCAUCUGAUUUCCUCCAGAUUUCGCAUUUUGGCCAUUGCUUCCUCAUGGAUCGUUGCCGUUUCGUGCGGCUCCGUAUUUUCUAUUGAUUCUAAAGUCGUGCACAAAAAUGGUGCACUUGAGUGCACAGUGAAAACAACUACAAUUUCUCAAUAUGCUGUAGCCGCCGGUUCCUUUGGUUCGUUGAUUUCCAUAACAGUUUUAUACUGUACUAUAGCGGUAACUCUACGAAGGACAAAUGAAGCGCUUCCCACUGCACCUGUGAAUGGAAACGUUCAGAGAAAGCGGCAAGCCAUGAAAAUGUCCAUUUGCGUCGUGGCAGCCUUUUAUUUAUGUUUUAUCCCUGUCAUUAUUGUCUUUCUGUCAGGAAAGGCACUGGAAAGAUCAUGUUUGUUACUCAGAAUACUAAGGCCUCUACCUGGCCUGAUGAUCAACCUUUCAAGCAUGGCAAAUCCAAUCAUCUGUUUCAUCUUUGUCGAAAACUACCGGCGUGGCCUGAGAGAA